AUGCAUAACCCAAAUGUUGUUGAUGCUGUGCAGUUUGUUCCAACGGUGACCUUGGGAAACGCUGCGAAAUCUUUAGCGGAGCUUGCUAUUGCUACCCCUGCUAGCUUCUCAUACCUGGCACCAGCUGACAAUGAUCUCUCAACUCAUUUGGAGAGCACUACGGUCGUAAAACGUCGUACAGGGCCGAGCAUAGUCAAAGCAGUUAAACCGUCGAAUAAAGUUAAGAAUCUUGUCCUUGAUAAGGAUCACAAUCACGUCAAUGCGCACAUCCUUGGGGACAGCUCGUUGUCGUCCGAAAAGAAGGUGUCUGCAACUUCGAUACAUGAUGAUGAAAACAACAUGGAAACACUGGACAGACAAUGGGUUAUCGAUCGCAUCGCUCAACUUCGCUCGAAAACGUAUUGUAGUGGUGUCUAUGAAAACCACUCUUUUGCGAAUAUGGCCGGAACUGAUUGUCCGAAGAUUGAAAAGGAAGAGAAAAGUCUUGAUGAAAGCGGAACGAUUUUUCAAUCGCUAAAUGAAAUGGACUGGAUACUAGCUGUGGACGUCAGAGUGGUAUUCGCACUCGCCUCGAUUGUGAUAGGCUAUCGUGAACUGAUGUUGAUUUUCAAGGAGAACUCGUUUCUGUUGAAGACGCUUUCUACUGAACACUGGACUACGCUUUCACUGCUUGGCAUACGCGAUCAAGCACUGAAACGAGAUGAAGUUAACUCAGAGGUAAUUUCCGAGACCUUGCGCGGUCUUAAUCUCACGACUUUCGAAAUCAUUUCACUGAGAACGAACAACUUGGUGCGGCGAGAUGGACAAUCUCAAGCUCCUAUGUAUUCGUGGAUCAUUGAUUGCAGUGGUUCCUGUCCUGUCUGUACGUUGAAUCUGAAGUCUGACAUUGGUAGCAAGGAUCUUUCGGUGACAUCCUUUGUUUGUGGUGAGUUGCAGUUACCCUUAGCGUGUUCAUAG